GACUUCACCAAACCCAUUCAACAACAAUCCGUCGACAACUCCGGUUGUUUCAUUCCUCAUUCUCCAUUUCCAUAACAACCACAAACAACAACAACAAAAAUAAAACAAUAAUAAUUACACUCAUCUGUCUACAAAUAAACCAGCCAACUCGGAUCUAAAAUCCAGGAUUUUUAUAAAUUUUCGUUUCGAUAAAAGUUCAAGUUUUUUUGUUUGGAGAUGAGUUAUCGCGAAAGCUCAAGCUUCGAUUACGCCCAAAGGAUAUCCGAGGACAUUCUGCAAAGAUACAGACUCACAGAUGUGGAGGAAAUGGAAGAGUACGAGGAGGACUUCUUCGGGAACCGUCUGCACACGGUGUCGCCAUCUAACGGACGAUACAGGAAAUCGUCCGAUUUCUGGGACUCGUACCCUGAGCUAGAUUUUUUCGGGAAUCCCCUGCACGUCUACCCCCCGCGACCCCCAACUUCUCUUGGUAGUACUGCGACGACUUCGUCCAUGGACGCCCUUUGGGACCUGCAUCCUCGCAAGUUGAGCGAGGCCGGACUCAGCAGGCAUUCAGAUAACAGCACUGUGUUGACGGAGGACACGGACAGUUUCAUCAUCGGUCAGAGGGUGUGGGUCGGCGGUUCGAAGCCCGGCCAGAUCGCGUACAUCGGUGAAACGCAGUUCGCCCCGGGCGAAUGGGCUGGAAUCGUUCUGGAUCAACCCAUUGGUAAAAACGAUGGGUCCGUCGGUGGUAUAAGAUACUUCCAGUGCGAAUCGAAGAAAGGUGUCUUCAGCCGUUUGACCCGUCUCACCAGAUACCCGAUGAUCGAUUCUGUGGAUUGCACCACACCAUCACCCACGAACGGCACCAGAAGAAACGUCGUCUCACCAAGCAUGAGCACAAGAUCUGCACUCAGUAAAUAUAUCAAUUUGCAAAGUAAAGAUUUUCGAGAGCAAAAAUUGUCCAUUUUAGGUGUUUCCAACACGAGUUUGGCAUCGACCUUCGUCGACUUCAAAGUCGGCGAACGCGUCAUCAUCAAGUCAAGUCAGGGCUCGAAAAUCGGCACUCUGAGGUACAUGGGUUUCACGUCGUUCGCGAACGGCGAAUGGUGCGGAGUGGAAUUGGACGAGCCGCGCGGUAAAAACGACGGUUCCGUUGAAGGGAAAAGGUAUUUCGAAUGUCGUCCCAAUUACGGUCUAUUCGCGCCCGUCUCGAAGGUGAGCAGAUCACCUUCGAACAGGAAACCGAGAGGCAACUGCGCCCUGCACAAUUCCAGGGAAUCGUUGCUCUCUCUGUCCUCGAUCACGAGUGCCACGUCUACGGCACGAAGGGUAAGACUCGGUGUUACCUCACUAACCCCCAAGGUAGGUUUGCCGUUUGUUUGGUUGGUUUUGCAUUUAGUCUUUAAGUGAUAUGGGCUCAAAUUG